GUAGCGCGUUGGACUUCUAAACCACUGUAUCACCGAAAAAUCUCGUCAUUUGCCAUGACUCGGGAUGCUCGUCUGCGGUUAGGAGUCUAUCCAAAGGUUGUGGGUUCGAGCCCCACCGUGGAUGCUUUCCCUUUUUGCCCUUGGCCACGUACCGUCUGUCUGUCUGUGCCUUGCUCGAAUGUCGUCGUGGGACUGCCUCUCGACGAGCGAAGCCAGCAGACCACCUGUUUUGCGAGCUCAAACCACUCAGAAAUCACGGGCACAAAUGUGGCGUUGGCUGGAGGUGAGCUCAGCCACACAGCCUAGACCCUCCCUGUCUUUUGGCUGUGGCUGCCACCACACGGUCCUAUUGGAUCAAGCAGGCACUUACUUCCACGUGCAGAGAUCGUUCGAGAUUGUUCUUCCUGCAAUACGUGGUCACGUGUUUUGAUCUCGAUGCGCGAUAA